AACGAAGUUUCCUGUACACAAUAGAAAUCAAUAUCAAUUAGAUAACAUGGAAUAAUCAUUACAUUUAAUAUUUUGUAAUAUUUAAACUCCUAUUGAAAUAAUAAUUCUCAUAAAUAUUUCAUUAUUUUUUCCUGUCUAGAAAUGCAAUUUUAAAUCGACAAUUAUUGAAAAACGAACCAAACUAAAAUUAAAAUAUUCAAAAUUGUUAAGAUUGACUAAACGGUCAAUAAAUUAUUAAAUUUUUAACUGAAAUAACUUGAAGAAGUACAUUCCGCAAUUUUUCUGAUACUAUGUAUUUCUCCUCAUCAGUGUUUUAUAGUUAAAAAUUACUGAACUUACAAUUUGUUCAUUUAUUUCACAAACUUGCAUUUUAACUAGAAUAAUGUUCUUCUAAUACGGAUUUAAAAAGAUAGCAAUCACAACAGGUAUUAAUAGUUCUUCUAUUACUCUUCUGUGAAAUAAGUACACAAAUCAAUUUUUAAACCUGAAAUACGAAUUUUAUGGUUAGUUGCAAGUAGCACCGUUGACCUAAACGUUGAUUCACAAUUUAAACGUUGAUUAAUUUCUGAUUUCUCUUGCACCGUGCGCCGUCUUUCAAACAACGUUUUAUGCAGUAUAAUAAUCGAGUGUCCCAAAUUCGUUGUCUAGUGAGUGGAUAUCAGAAUCCCUUUGAGCUAAAAAAACAUGAAUUGCACAUUAUCGGGCUAGAUUUUUCAGAGAAUUAAUUUGGAGAAAAAAGCAACUAAUUUAACUUUUUCCAAGCUAUAAAAGAAUAUUGGGAAAUGGCCUAAAAUGAAAAGUUCUCAUAACUUCUUCAUUAUUGGAGCAAUUAACGUGGAACAAAAACAUUUUGCAGGCACUUGUUUUCGUUUAUUUUAUUUAUUAUAAUAAUUGUUAUGGUUUUCAUUUGAAGAAACAUAAGUUUGUAUUAUGACUUCAAAAUUAAUGGCAAUAAAAAAUGAAUAAUCACACCAAUGGGGUCUACGAAAAAGUGCCUGUAGGAUGUUUUGUUCCAUGUUAAAAGCACCAAUAAUGAAGAAGUUAUUAGAACUUUUCAUUCCACACCAUUUUCCAAUUUUCUCUCAUAGCUGGAGAACACUCGAACACUUGAAGGUUGCGGUUUCACCAAAUCAAUUUGCCAUUCAUUUUUUUCUAGUUCAAAGGAAUUCUGAGAUCACCCACUAGACAACAAAUUUGGGACAACCGAUACAGAAAAAUUUGGUCGUUCUUGAAAACAAUGAUUUGCGUAUCUCACAAGUAUUUUUCAAGUUAUUUAUCUAUGUUUAUGGACAUAAGAGGAAAUUAAAAAUUGAAAUAUGAAUUCAGAUGAAUUAUCUUUUCAUGAUGACCUAGACAUUAUUGAAAUGAUCGAAUUUGAGUUUCCACGAAAAAUGUACGAGAGGAUACAACACUUCAACCUUCAACCGUCUACAACACUUUUUUAGAUCGCACAUGAAUUGGAUUUUAUGUAAAUCAUUAGAUAUAUUAUUAACGCAAUAAUGCCCCACACUUUUUUUUCUCUUCCAGAAAUAUUAUCGAUUUUUUGUUUUUCCACACAUUUUAUGCCUUGAGAAAAUGUUGGAUAUUAGCAAUUUCGCAUCUGGGGAAAUACCAACACACCGACUUCUUUUAUUGCAGUCGUUUUCAAUUUCUCAUCAAUAUAAUAUGAAGUCAAUAUAAUAAAAGUUAAAUGUUAAAUGCAGAUGUUAACAUUGCCGUCGACAUUUUGCAAUGUCAUCCGCAUACGGUGAAAUCGAAAUAAAUUAUUAACAUAGGUUAAACAUUGAUUAGUUGAACAAUAUUAAUUUUUAGAACGGUGCAGUAGGCCAUUAGAAUUUCAAAAAUUGUUAUGUUGCAACCUUUUUCACAAAAGAGUAAGGCAGAAGAAUUCCUGUUGUGAUUGACAUCUAUAAAUCCGUACUAGAAGAAAUCAAUGUUUAUAUUUUGUAACGUGCAACUGACCAUUAUAAUUUCUGAAAUCGUUAUUUCAAUUAUAAAUGUUGAUUUCUAUACUUAUUUCAAGGAAGAGUGUGAGUUGAGAUCUAUUACUACCUGUUGUGAUUGCUAGUUUCUUCAAGUUAGCCUACGAUCCUAAAAUAUCGGAUAAUGACAAAUCAGCGGCUGAGAAGCUCAUUCAAAUCUUAUCUAGCGAACAGUUGAGCCAAAUGGAAAGCAUAUUCAAAAAUGGAAAAUAUAGCGAAGGUAUGAAAAUGGAGGAAUUUUCCGACGUUAUGAGGACAAUAUUGGUUUCAGAUAACAAUGAUAAAUUAUGUUUGGAAUUUUUUGACCUCUACUCAAUAGAUGGCCAUUUAACAUGGAAUGUCACCUUAAAUGGACUGAUAAGUACGUUUCCUUCGAGCUAUGAUAAUCGUAUAAAAUUAGAAUUCAUAGGAAUAAACAAGAACAAUCUUACCAAGAGAGACUCAAUUGCCAAAAUACUGAUAAUAGAAACGACAACCCAUUUCUGCUAUACUGUAUAUUCGAAGUACGGAAAAACUGGAAUAUAUGAUGCCAACUUUGUCAAAUUGGCGACCUAUUUUGUUAUCAUGACCAGAGAGGAUAUCAACAAGCCAGAAAAGGAAAGAAGAAGAAGAAAUCGCUGGAUCACAGACGCUGUGUAUCUUCAAGAUCUAAAGAAAAUCGUUGUUAUCAAUACGGCUAGAAGUAUCAUAGUUUAUGAUGUAGUUGGUUUGAAGCAUACUCCAAUUUUUCUGGUUUUAUCUACACCAAACAUUCCGAAGUGUAUCGCCUACAAAUAUGGUAAAAAUAACUCAGAUCGUCAUCUGUUCAUUGGUGAUGACGGUGGAAGUAUAUUGGUGUUGUCUUUUGUCCACAACAAAGAUCCUCUUUUCAGAACAAAACAUAAGGACAAGUUGAGUCUUCAUUACUGGGAGAAAUUAAUGGAAGAAAAGGAGUAUGUUAAGAUUUCCUAUAUCAAAAAGGUCCAUAACGAUGUAAUCAGAGAAAUAUCUUACUGUCGGGAGGAUGACACCUUAACAACAUGCAGUAGAGAUCCAAAAGCAUCUGUUAUCAGAAUAUUUUUAGAUCAUAAAAAACCGACCAUGAUAUAUGAAAUGCCAAAGGGGACUUCAACGAUGUGUUUCAGUAAAAAAUUGAAUAUUUUGAUUACCGGCAGUUCAGAUGGAACCAUCAGAUUAUGGAAUACCUUAGUUAUAACCAAUGCUAUUGCUGUUCUCAAAGAAAAUGAAUCAGGGAUCAAAAGCAUAAUUCUAAUGGAAACACCAAAAAUGUUCGUCAGUUGUGAUAAUCGUGGGGUAUUGAAGCUGUGGAGUAUUGAAGAACAAAAAUGCUUUCAAACUAUCCAUUUGAAUUUUCCACCUUUGCAAGAAGCAGGUAAAAUUGUUGAUUGGGCUACGAAGUGUAUGUUCCUUGGCCCAAAAGAAGGGAAUAUCAGGUCAUCUUCUGAUCCUAUUUUGAAGCGUCCAAAAGAACAAGAGGUCAGCAGUGAAUAUAGUACAACAGAAAGAUCAAUUAUAUGGAUUUCAUGCUGCAACUACAUAGCCAGUGUUUCUUUAAUCUUCAAAACUCAAGAACUUAAGAAACAAUUCGAGAUGCUCAAAUUGGAGCCUCCUCCAAAACAAAACAAUGUUUUCAUACCAAGCACAUGGCUACUUAGUGAAGAGAGUUUCAAAGAGUUGAGAGAAAAAAUCGAUUGUGAUAUAGAGUAUCCAGAAAAAUUUAAGGAUUAUGAGUAUAUCCGUCAUAAAAAGGUUAUGAAACGAAUGGAGAGAAUUACUAAGAUAAAUCAGAAAAUAGCCGUAUUAGAUCACCAAAAGAGAGAGAUGCAAGAGAACGUCGCUAGAAAUGCCCCCUAUCUAUCAUUAAAAUUAUUCGAUAUUGAGGAAUUGAAAAUCUCCCGUUCAUUAGCAACACAUGGAAAAGAAGAGAGAACUAUAAUGGAAAAAACUCAAAAUCUUUUAAUAGAAGCUAGCAAUAAAGAUAUAGUUUUCUCAGAAUUAUCUUCAUCAAGAUCUAGAUCAUCUAGAAGUAGUGUAAUGGAAUUCGAAUAUUAAAAAUACGUAAGCUUUGUUAUUAAUUUUAUUCAGCGAAACAUUGAAUGUACCUGCCCGAAUCAAUAAACUACAUAG